AUGGCGAAUCUGACGCUUUUGUGGGGAGGCAUCGUCGUCGUUUUGCUCAUGGCCUGCCUCGCCCCUCACACACUGGGCGACAUCCACAAUCUCCCAACACUCUGGACGAACGCGGCCAAGACCAUUCGUCCGCAGCUUUAUGGUCGCAAUGUCGUGUUGGCGCCUGACGGUGGACGAAACGCCAUCUCAAAUGCUUACGAAAACAACAUGGGGCUCAAUUCCCAGCUGCCCGAUGUCUAUCAUAACGAGAUCAUGAUUCGUUACACUCAAGAGUACCUCGCCAACGCGGGUGCAACCGUCUUCAUGACACGCGAGCGCUGGUUUGGCACGUCCGACGAGCAGAUUCUGGACGAUCAAUCGUCUGCCAACUGCAUCAAAACUGGUGGAUGGACUUCCUACGGCGUUGGGUUCCUCGGUUACCACUCGUACGUAUUUGGCAACCUGAAUGCAGAAACAGCCGUCGCAGCUUUCGUGACCACCCUUGCCGCCGAUGGGUACUAUCCCGUGUACAUUCGUGGUUUGGGCGACGGCCAAAACCGUGCCUCUCGCACGCUCAUUCGUAUCUUCCACUCUGGUGGCACAACUACCCUGUACAUGAAUCAAAACAUGUACAGCAGGCAGUGGAUGUAUGCCGGUCGCUACUACUUUACCAAGACAGGCUUUCGCGUCGAAGUUUCCAACAAGCUUGACUUUGCCGUCGACGCUGGCAGAUGCGUCAUUGCAGAUGCAGUUCGCGUCGGUUGCGGUUCCCUUGGCGGCUAUCCUCGCUUCCACUACGGCACGUCCAGCUUUUUGACCUACAUGAACUACACUGUCAGCACGAGCUCGGCAACAGCGAUGGCUGAUUUCAGCAAGCAGAUGAUUCAAGGCGAUCUGGAAACUGCCAACUGGCAAAAUUGGGCGCUUUUCUACCUUUAUAGCACCUACAACUCUGGCGACUCCGCAAUUCGUGGCACCCAGGAUUUCAGCUACAGCAACGGUCGUACCUCGCCAUACACGGGCAUCACCAGUACGGCGAUCUACAACUCCUCAUUGCAGGCCGCUUCGGAUAGCUUCUGCGACGCCAUUCAUGCGGCCGCAGUUUCAACGGGUCUUGUAGACAAAGCCAAGGACCUUCAUCAAUGGCCGCCGCUUGAUUCGUCCUCACGAAUGCCCACCAUGAUGGCCGUUCCUUAUUACAUCACCAACAAUGCAGACAUGCUACUGGCUCAGUCCGAAGCGGGUCGCGAGAAUCUCGGGCGCGCAUACUACAAGGGUAUUGCCAAGUACUUUUCAUCGACCGCCACCAUCAUUCCGCUCCCUGUCAACUACCUGCACACCAUCAACCAAGGCGGCAACGUGGUUCGAGUCUGCUGGCGCCAACCUGACGACACCCAAGAGUCCACUGACGCUGCGACCGCGUUCAAGAUUUACCGGUCUACCGAUGGACGCGGAUGGGAUGAUGGAGUCAUCGUCGCCGCUUUUACGUACCUUAACAGCUUGUGCUACGACGUUACAUCUCUGACAGUCGGGCAAGUCUACUUUUUCAAGGUUGCUGGUCUCAAUGCAGGAGGCGAAGCGUUGACCAAAUGGACGGCAGCGGCGCGCGUGACCGACCCUGCUGUUGGUGUCACUCGUCCGCCAAUUGUCAUCGUCGACUGCUUUGUCGAAGGCUUUGUGCACACUUCUACCAACAUCGAGGGUCGGUACACGCGGGAGUAUGUGGUCGAGCACGCCCUGUCGAUUGCUGGAGCCGGUUACUCGUUUGAUUCUGCAUCUGCAGACAUUUUUUCUGAGUCCCAAUGGGUUACCACCCACCUAGCAAUGUACAAGACGGUUGUCUGGGCGUCGGGUGAUACGGCCGCCAACAUCAAUGUCUUCCCUGCUGUUGCGCAAACCGCCAUCAACUCGUGGAUUGCAGGUGCCUCCUCUGCAAGCCCUCGCUCACUUUUCGUCAGUGGCUCGAACGUCGCUGCUGGCCUUAGUGCUGCGGGCAGUACCAGCCUCACCUUCCUCAACAGUCAACUCAAGUCCACCUUUGUCACACCAAUGCAAACACUUUCGUUGUUCGCCCGAACGCUGGAUUCACCAUGA